CAGACAGCUGAGAGUGAAACAGCCGUGUAUGUUUGGUGCUUGAGAUUCAGACGCGCUGCACAGCGUCUCGUCCUGAAACCCUAGACGAAAACCAAGAAGAGUCACUUGGAUUACUGUCCGCAGGUCUGAAGUCCGAACACAUUUUUUUCCUAAACUUGGUUCUGUGUUUUUUUUUCUCCCUGUUAGGACACAAGCAAAAACAUCGCAUUUUCACAUUUUAAAAGCAGCAGUCUUCUCGGAAGGGGCCGCACCUUCAGCUGAACAUCAUCCAGUGAUCAUGCUGGAGUGAGGGGACACAGAAGAUCUACAUGAUCUUUUGAAGUUCCGCAAGUUGCAGAGCAGACGAGAUCAAGGAAGACUGGAAGACAAGCGAAGAAGUGAAAGAAGGAAGGAAGGAGUUGGUUGGACUGGCUGAAGGGGGAAAAAGAAGGGCUGGAUGCUUUAUUCUAGAAGUUCCCAGGUUCCUCAGAGAUGGCCUCCAACUUCAAUGACAUUGUCAAGCAGGGCUAUGUCCGCAUGCGGAGCAGGAAACUGGGGAUCUAUCGGCGCUGCUGGCUGGUGUUUAAGAAGUCGUCCAGUAAAGGACCUCGCAGACUGGAAAAAUACCCUGAUGAAAAGUCAGCCUACAUCAGAGCCUGUCCUAAGGUGACAGAGAUUAGUAAUGUGAAGAACAUCACAAGAUUGCCUCGUGACACGAAGCGGCAAGCUGUGGCCAUCGUCUUUACAGAUGACACCUCUCGAACCUUCACCUGUGAAUCAGAGCUGGAGGCUGAAGAGUGGUUUAAAACCUUGUCUAUUGAGUGCCUGGGGACACGUCUUAAUGACAUCAGUCUUGGAGAACCAGACCUCCUUGCUGCUGGAGUUCAGUGUGAACACACAGAGCGCUUCAAUGUGUUCCUGUUACCCUGCCCUAAUCUUGACAUCUACGGGGAGUGUAUGAUGCAGAUCACACAUGAAAACAUCUACCUGUGGGAUAUUCACAACCCUCGCACCAAGCUGGUAACCUGGCCGCUUUGCUCGCUGCGGCGCUACGGACGGGAUGCUACACGCUUCACCUUCGAGGCUGGAAGGAUGUGUGACAGCGGGGAGGGCCUGUACACUUUCCAGACACGGGAAGGAGAGCAGAUCUACCAAAGGGUUCAUUCUUCCACUUUAGCUAUAGCCGAGCAACAUAAGAGAGUCCUUAUGGAAAUGGAAAAAAACAGCAAGCUUUUAUCUAAGGGUUCAGAGGGGACGUCCUACCCCUGCACACCGACAGCAAUCUUACCACGAAGUGCUUUCUGGCACCACAUCACCGGAUCUCAGGCUGGGGUGGACUCUGCCAACGGUGACAUCUAUGGUGAUACCCAAACAGGAGUGGACACUGACCUCUUCUCUAAACGCCUUCCUCCUGAACGACACUCGACCCCUCUUGUGGGCCACGGCUGCCCCCAACCCACGACGCACUACCCCACGUACCCCAGCGAGUGAGCGGCUUAGCAGUGAAACCUUCCAGUUUUUCACCUCUUGACCUCUCUCCACACUGCACUCUGCCCUAAGUUUUUCCAUCAGCUCUUCUUCAGCAGGGGAAGAUCCAUGCUGCCAUGCUGCCUCAGUUCUCCCUGAGCCUGCCAGCGAUGCUGAGGGCACUUACUGUGGAAAAAGGGAAACGCACUGUGAAGUUUAAAGCGCUUCAAUUGGAGCAGGGCCCACAGACCCUUUAAACUGACACAGGAGAUGCGAAAAAAUGUUGGAACUGGCUCAGUCGCCUUCACAGUGCAAUAUGGUCACUUUUGCUGGAUUUCUGUAGGAGUAGAGACUGUACUGUAGGUUCUUAAUACUUCUCAGUAGUAUCUCUUAUUCUAACUCUAAUCUCAUGCACGCUCUUCAACCCUAUGCAUGUCCCCCAAGGUAAACAGCUUAGCCAAGAAGGAGUUUCUUAGACACCCUCGUGUGUAGGGAAACCACGGCAGCCCGGCGGAAGGGCCUCAGAGUUUCAGCUUAAACACUUCUGUUCUUUGGUACAAGUAAUCCAAAGCAAAGAUGCUUUAAUCAUAAUUUGAUUGGCAUGUCUGUAAGACUUCCGAAGCCUAGAAGACUCUGAGGAACUGGGAGCACUUUCUGAAAGUGGCAUUUUGUAUGGUCGUGCGUUUUGUUUCUCUUUUUCCCUUUCUUUAAAGCGACUUAAAUGGACAGUUAUAAUGUAUAAAACUGUCUCUGCCAUUUGGACGGAAGUGAGGGUUAGUACUCACUCGCUCGUGUGCUUUGUGUUCUUGUUGAUCGUUUCCGAGAGACUGGUCCACCGUUUUAUCUGGAAGAUGUCGAGAGGGUCAGAGAUUCAAGUACAGAGGGAAACAAAGAUUAUGAUGAAUAUACCCAGCGGAGGUGGUCGAAUGAAUUAUUUAUUUAUUUAUUGAAGUUUACCAACAAAGCACAAGACAAAUUGCAGUGUAUAGUAGUAGGUUUUCUUUAACAGCUCAGCAGUUCUGUAUGUAAAGGGUUUGUACUAGCACUGUAAAAGAGGAGGAAAACAUCUUCAACAAAAGGUGGUAGGCCUCACACAAGACAUGUUUCUCGCUUUCCGUGUUUGUCAACUAUUUCCAUUCAUUUCCAUGAAAUUGGUGAAAGGUACUUUUAUUUCUCAGCGGACAUUUAUAUUGUGUGCCAAUAUAUAUCAUUUUCACUGUUGCUAUUUUUCUCAUACUGUAAUUCUCAGUUUAAGAUCCUCUAUGUUGGAGCUGUGGAUUAUCAGUUAUCACACAUGUUCAUAAUAAGUCGGGUUGCUAAUGCAGGCAACUAGAAUUUGAUCAAGCUGAUCGACCAACGUGGUGAAGCUGGUUAACCAAGGAAGUUUUGAAUACUUUUCAGUAUCAUUCCCUGUGCUCUUUCAACUACCCAUACAAAUACAAGUGUCAUAAAGGCCAAAAACAAAAUAAACACAUCCUAAUAUGCAGCUCAACAAGCAGAUGUGCAGUCUCUGUGAAUGAUCUGAUCACAUUUUUUUUCUGACACAUAAUUCAUUUGGUCUAUUCUCCAAUUGAGCUACAGUCCUGAAAGUUUGACUCCCUACAUUUUAUACAUAAAUAGUCAUUCAGUGCUUGGAUUUAUUAACUCAAGUCAUGUACGUACCCUUAAAAAGCUGAUCUGAUUGUCAUGAUUGUACACUUUGAUGAUAAAAAGAAAGUGGUGCCCUUGGGGUUUUACCAGGUGCCCAUGGAAACAGUUUAAAAAAUUGUGAAAAUUGUUUAAUGUUUGUUUUUGUCAGUAUAUUCUUCAACAGUGACACAGCUCUUUGAAGAUAAGCACCUUUCAUUUGACCUUUAGUUCUAUUCUCCAUGUCUAAUUAUCAGUCUCACUGUAAUGUAGCAAAAAUCUGCCCACAUACAUUUUUUGUGUUUUGUUUUUUUGAAAGAAAUUAAUACUUUUAUUAAGCAAGGAUUCAUUCAAUUGAUCAUGUGACAGUAAAGCUAAAAAUUCAGCUUUGCCAUCAUUGGAAUAAAUUACAUUUUAAAAUAUAUUCAAAUAGAAAACAGUUAUUUUAAAUUGUAAUUAUUUCACAAUUGACCCUUCGCCAGGAGUUUGAUUGACAAGCGAUCUAACCAAUCAUAACACCGAAUCCGCCAUUUUGUCCGACAAAGUCCUCGGUGGACUUGAACUUGAAAAAUGGUGUGUACUGACGUCUUUCCGCAUUUUAAACAAAAUUCCUUCUCAUGUUCAUUCAUGUUCAUUUGAUACUAUAAAUUAAAUAUUAGGAAGAGGUGAUCGGUUCCGCUUGAGCUGAGGCGCUACAGCAGGGGUUUUCAACCUGUGGGGCGCGCCCCCCUAGCACCUGUUAGUUCAAAAGUGAAAGUGAAAUUCUCGGGUGAAACAGCUGUAAAAGUUAGAUUUUACUAGCAAAUCUUUAGUCAUCCACUAGAGGGGGCAGUUUCACUAUUCUCCCAGCUAAUCGUUGGCUAUAGUUACAGCAGGUUUGGCCAACUGAAUUUGAGCAAAAACAACUAAAAACAAUUAGAUAAACGUAGGGGGGCGCGUGUCCAAAAAGGUUGAAAACCCCGGCGCUACAGCAAUCUGUCACGACACAUUAAGGGGAUCUAUUAUGCAACAAUCACUUUUGCAUGGUGUUUCGACAUAAAUGUGUGUUAGCAGUGUGUGUACACAACCACCCUAUAAUGAUAAAAAUCCAACCAUUCCUUUUUUUAAUCCCCAUAAAUCAUAAGCAGUGUCUCAGAACAAGCCGUUUCCAGAUCCCUGGCAAUGUGAUGUCACAUUAGCCACAGGCCCCGCCCACGGAUGUUGACAGACACUGCCGUUUUAACAUAGAACCGCCCUGAGCGAGUUCACAGCCAGUUGUACACAGUCCGCCUUUGCUACACUGACGAGAACGUCUCCCAAGUGUUUUAGGUGUUCUGUAGCUGGAUGGAUUAAUCCACAUAGCUCUCUCCAUUUACUCCCUAAAUCUGAGCCGCUGAAGACGAGGUGGAUUAUUUUUGUUCUUGAAGAAAAUGCUCCCUCAACUCUACCGAAAUUCGUCUGCGCGAAUCAUUUCACACCGGACUGCUUUGUGAACUAAUGUCAAUACAAAGGGACAAUACAAAACAUACAGUCUCCAGAGUGAUACUGGAUACGGCAGUAAGGAAGGUGAAAGCACUUUAUUACAGUUCAUCGGAGUUGAUUUACGGCUAUAAAGUUUACCAGUUUAUUAAGCACCACCCGAAAAGGCGUAAGGUCUUUAUAUAUCGGUUUACUGUUAGUUGUAAUGAGUGUUUCUGUGUACUUCGCUAUGUAUGCUGAUAAUAAUGCAAGAGAGAAAGAGAGUUUAUGGAUAAUAUUUUAAUGCACACUUGCACUGUUUUAAGCUCUUACAGUGAUUUUCUAGAGUGAAAACAGUCGCUUCAUAUUUUGUGUGAAGUACAAUAAACAUUAUAAGACUCAUCAGUAAACAGGCUUGUACUAAUAGUGGAUAAAAACAAGAAGACAAUAUAAGUUAUAACCGUAAUUAAACUAAACUAGACCUGUUCUAUCUCCAUGCAGCAUAUAAUCGCAGUUUCUGUCAUUAUAGUGCGUCCUGACCAGGGUUGCCAGGUUUUCACAACAAAACCCGCCAACUGCUCAAAACUAGCCCAAUCGCAUUUCAGGGGGGUCCCAUGGUAAAAAUCGCGUUCCGAGGGGUAAAAUUCGCUUUUUUGGCGGGGCUACCCUGGUAAAAUUCGCAUUCCAGGGACUAAAUAUCGCGUGAUUUUGGGUCGAUUCAACUCGCGGCAACAGUGUAAAAGUAGCCCAAUUUCGCGGGAAAACCGCGGACUUGGGAACACUGAUCCUGACUGAAUCCUGACAGGGGAGAACAAGCUCUUGAAGCCCCGCCCUUUUAGGCCGAACGCAGCAGCUCAUUUGCAUUUAAAGGGCACGCACUAAACGGCGCGUUUUUGCUCAACCCCAAAAAGUGGAAAUUAACAUGCUAUAAAAAGUUAUCUGUGGGGUAUUUUGAGCUAAAACUUCACAUACACACUCUGGGGACAUUAGAGACUUAUUUUACAUCUUGAAAAAAGGGGGCAUAAUAGGUCCCCUUUAAAGAGCCACAAAACGGUUUUUAUUGUUCGAAUUUCUUAAAAAAUUACACAAUUUGAAAGCUGGGACUUUGUUUAAUAUCAUAAGUAACCUGCUCUGUUUUGUCUGUCAACGUGUUGUCAGUGUCCUCUUUGCUCCGUGAUGUAUUUUUCACUCUGUGUGGCGUGACAGCGCCAUGGCUUGUCGGACAAAGCAACAGUAACCCGGGUCUUUGCGAAGGGUCAAUUUACUGUAUUUUUGAUCAAAUAAAUGCAACAUUGGUGAGCAUAAGAAAAUUCUUUCAAAAACAUAAAUCUUACCUACCCCAUACUUUUGAAAGGUAGUGUAUGUAUUGUAGCUAUUGCAGAAAUGUUUCCCUGUAUGUCCCCGUUUUGCAGUUUGCACAGUUGUUCUUAUUAAUUGCUUUACUGUGCUAUCCAUUAAAAAUAUAUAAAAAUAACAAUUUUUAUAGGAUGUUGCUAGGUAGACACCAAAUAAUAGCGCACACCAGUAAUACACACACCAAAAGUACAUAAUUCCUCAUGAUUUAUUAUUCUCCCCUAUAUAACCCAUUGGUUUGCAGGAGAUAUAAUAAUAUAACAUUCAUGUAAUCAACCUGAAAUCAGUUAUAUAUUUGUACAUAAACAGCCAGUGGGUCCCUGGAGAGAUUUUUGACCUGAAAGUAUCAUCAUUGUGCUUAACAGAACAAUCUGUUUGAAUUAUCAGAGGAUCUUUCCAUCUCUUUGCAAGACAGAAUCACUACUGUGAAAGUUAAUGCUGACAUUAAGACAUGUUUAAACCAUAAGGAAAUACUAAAGAAUGUACAUUAAAUCAUGAGUGGAAAAAGUGCUAAAAAGUUGUUAUACUAAACUUAAAUUGCAGUGCUCUGUGUUUGUAAAAGACCUGUGAAAGAGAAGAGUGAUAAACAUGCUGUUUUAGAGGCAGUUCAGAUUGACCUCUGAGCAUGUUACCAUGAGUAGGAACCCUUUGCAUGAGUUUUAAUUGCUAAAUGACAUGUGUGUUCUGUAUAAUUUGUGGUAAAAUAUUUUGCAGGUUUUUUUUUUUUUUUCAAUAAAACAAAGUUUUAAAAGA